AUGGAUCAGAAGCCGUUUGUCGACUACGGUAACUACUGCUAUCCGACUGCUGCUGCACAGGACUUUUCGGCACGGUCGCAAGUAUCGCCGUACUUCUACAAUUUUUCAACGAGCACCACAUCGACAAUGUAUUCCCAACAACCGGCACAUUUUAUGUAUCCACAAGCAGCUGCGAGCUCACCUGAAGAUCAGCUGACAACGAAGAUUAUCGAGGGUGGAGAAGUGAAGAUUAAUGGGAAAGGAAAGAAAGUGAGAAAACCACGUACUAUCUAUUCUAGUCAACAAUUACAGACCCUCCAAAAACGAUUUACAAAAACGCAGUACUUAGCGCUACCCGAUCGAGCAAGCUUAGCUGCCGAACUAGGGCUCACACAAACCCAGGUGAAAAUUUGGUUCCAAAACCGACGUUCGAAACAGAAGAAAUCUAAGGGAAAUAUCGAUCGAACAUCGGACGAAGAGGGGGAAUCAGAGGACCGAGCCGACUCUACUCCUCCGGAAGAAGGUGCGUCGAGUACCACUAGCGACUGGCAGCACAUGACUGGACUCGUUCCAUCAACACUACCUUCCGCUGGAUUGCCACCAACAGGACUUGGCCCAUCUACGCUCCCAUCAACAGUUCUACCACCGGCGCCUCAACAGGCCCCAAUUCCCUCGACUGGACUCAUGCCACCGCCCUUAAACACGCCUCUCACCACUUACGACCCACUUAAGUACUCUUCGGACGAGCUUAAACCAUUCUACGACCAGUCUGCGUACUACCAACCAUAUAUUCUACCCCACUCAGGGUAUAAUGGCUAUUAG